AUGCAGAAUAUCCCGUACGAUACGGGAAAGCCCAACAGAACCAAGAACCUACUCAUUCGCAUCAAAGGUGUUGUAGGCGAUCAGGGAGCAAGUGCAGCCAACGCCAAAUAUGAGUGCUGCCCCAUUGAAGAACAAGAACAUUCACUUCAGUCCCUCAACCUUGAAGAUGUUGCUAUUGAGAAGAUCGCGCUUGUCAUCGGAGAGUACUUACCGGAUGAGUCUUCUGGUUUUGUUGCCAAUGGGGUUAAGUUGAAGCAGCCGGACGCCUUUGAUCCUGAGACAGACAACUACCAUCCGACCCAGGAGAGAUCGGCUAUUCUGGUUGCAACGAUCAAGGAUGAAAAUAAGUUCUACUUCUAUUCUGAAUUUCUUCAGAACGUCACCGAAGAUGUGUGCUACAAACAAGUUCGAUACGAUCUAAUCUCGGAUACUAUCAAAGCCAAGGUGGAUGGUAUUUUCGCCGCUUGCCAGCAAGGCACUAUCAUCCCUAACAGCACUGCACUUCAGAAGAAAACGUUCAAUGAUUUGAUCUUCCUUGGCGACCCCGUGAAAUGGCUUAUAUCUCGAGUCCAGCUUGGCAUUGCCGCAGACAGCGUCAAGAUUUUCCAACUGUUGCUUAAUGGUCAACUGGAUGAUGAGGAGGACGCUGAAGAUUUGGAGCUUUGGGACCACGACUGUCCUACGCAGGCCGUUUUAGCACUGUCACAGAGCAUCGGUGACAAUGCGUUGCAAGGAAUGGUCAUCGAUGUUUGCUUGUCACGGGCUUUGAUCUACCAGUUUUGCGAAUCCUACAAGCUCCUCGAAGAGGCAGGUAUAGUAGAUGUCGACUACAGAAAGCUCGCCCGGAGAGCCUAUGAGCUUGCUCAGAGAGUCGUGGGAAACCCGCUCCCUGUGCCCGACGAUGCAUCAUUCGAUGCUACGGAGUAUUCAGCUGCGAGGUUCCUAGACCUCUUCAUUGACAUCAAACGCGAGACAUUGAAAGCGGUUGACGAUUUAAUGAAGUGCAACGGGGAACGUAUGCCCGAUGUGACAUUACCUGACGCGGACAUGACCAAGCUACUCAGCAAUGCCAUGGAAGCUGGGGAUCAUCACAAAAGAAUGGACGCAAUCAAGAACAUAUUGGCCCUCGCGAUGAUCGAACAUGAAUCAAGCCUAGAAUUGAUUCAAAAGCUAGAUGGACAAGAACUAGAUGCCAUGAUCAAGAUGCGGGAUGCAUUAGGGGAUUGUGAUGAGGAUGAGGAUGACCAGUGA